UUCUGAUGUUCCUCCUGUAGUCUUCAACCAUGCUGGCCACUCUGUGGCUGGCUAGUCUUUCUCUUCCCUUGCUGUGGGCCCAGAAACUAAUCAACUGUCCCUACAAGAACUUGUGCCGCUACGCCCUGCUCUCAGGCAAUGACGUGAUCCUCCAGUGUAACUACCCCAAAGCACUAUGGUAUUUCUCUUCAACUCUGGAGGACACACUGUCCCUGCUCAACUCCAUGCCCAACGUGAAGAUUCUGCCCGGGAGUAACCUGCAGUUACCCAACCCUCAGCCCUCCCAGACGGGGCUCUACCGCUGCCUGGAUGGUCACAAGACCCGGGUGGUGGAAUAUGAGAUUGACUUUCAGGAUAUAGCCCUGCUGCACGUCACACACAAAGACCUGGGCCAAACACCCAUGGGAAACGAGACCAUGAACUUAGGAGGCGAGGUAAUCGUCUUUACCCGCUGGGAUCCUUGGCAAGAUUGCAACCGCUGUGAGAAGCCCGGCGAGCGCAAACGUCUAGGCUACUGCUACGUGGAGGAGCCUCUAGGGAAACCCACGCCCUGCUGGCUCUACAUGCGAGAGAAGGUGACCCACAAACGCCUGCGGCCUGAGCUCCAGCUGCAAGCCUGCCGGGUGCCCUGUGACACCGUCAUAGAAACCAACCAGCCGUUCUUCGUCUUUGACACUCGCCAGCUGGACAAAGCCACCGACCACGUGUGGCUCAGCUGUCCCUUGGCUUCCAUCUACAGGCCUGUCCACUGGGAAGUCAACGACACGGCGAUAACGUGGCAGAACCAGCUCUCUGGCGAGUACGUGAGCAGCUUCAUGGACCCACUGAGCGGUGGCCAGCAGCUGAAGGUCUUCCAGCCGGCCAUUUACAGGUGUUUCGUGGAACAGGAGCUCAUAGCCCAGUUCAACCCCACAGACCCUGAAGACGAGCUGAGAGAGUCUGAGAGACAAUCCAAAGGCCAGGGGUGGUUCAGGACCCAGCCAGGCAAGGCAGACUCGGUCCUCAGGGGCUUGAAACUGAUGUUGCUGACGCUGUCUCUACUGGUUGUGGGGGGGCUUCUCUGUAAGGUGGUCUUCCGUCCUGUCCGAGGCAAGAAGAGGAACCAGGUCCUCCUGGUGAAAUAGGCUGAACCUCCUGUACCCGAGGGUCUCUCUCCACUGGCCCAUCCUUAGCUCUAUCCAUACUAGCCCUGGAGGUGUGGGAGCCAACACAGACCUGUAUUCAAACCCAA